GAAGAAUUACAAUUAAAGUUAUGAAACUUACGCUAUGCUAGAGAUGUUUGCCGAUGCUAUGCGAGUGAUAUUCGCCCGGUAACGUCUCGAAAAAAUGUGUAACUGUCGGUUAGGGGAGUGAAGUGUUAAUUGCUCGGAUCUCGGAGACAUAAAGUCAUGGCUGCAUCGGCAUCAUGAUGCCGUUAGCCGUGAGGUUUGCGGCGAUUCUUCUGGUGGCGGGAUUGGUGUUGGUUCCCUCGGGUAGUCUAUUUGCCCGGGCUGAUGAGGAAGACCCUCUUCAGCACGCGUCGGAGGCCGUCACCAGGAACAGAACAUUGCAUGAUAUCCUCGAUCUUCUGGCCAAAGCUGAUCCUCCUGUCUCGUCUAAUUCUCCCUUCAAAGAUGAACCAUGCAAUCACACUCAGCUUGAGGACCUGAAUGUUUCUGACGAUCAGACAUGGCGUUUUAAAGACGGCCUUCUGGGUGCCCUGCGUCUGGCGAGGCUUCUGAACGCUCUCUACCUCUCUCCGUCACAUUCGUCUCUCCUGGCUACGCAACAGAGAGACGCGGGCAGCUAUCGUUCUGGCUUCGGAGGCAUUGUUGAGGAGUGGACGAAAGAAGAUGGCAAUAGAGGUGCGUCGAGGGGCAGAAUCUUCGAUAGGGUCACUGACACGUCGUUGCGUUCUGACUCCCUAUCUUCUGAUAAAAAUUCAGGCCUGGAAGAAAGAAAGCACGUCUUGGGAGAAAUUUUGCGCUCAUCUCUACUGGACGAGAGCAGUAUUUUGACCAUGGGAAUUGCCUUUUUGAGAGACGAGUUUAUGGAUUUGGAUGGACUUUGGGGGGUGAACGCUUGGAGAGACACUGAAGGUGAAAUCGUUCUCGGUGACUUGGCAAAGUUAUAUAACUAUCAGUACGAUGACGACCUCACGCCUGGCACGAGAUGGUUUUCUGAAGUACUUAAGAGGAGCGAGCGCGGCGAGUAA